UCAUUCCUUUCCUCUCUUAUUUGUUUCUUCAAAUCUUCAUAAUGUCACUUGCUGGAAAACUCAGCACUGAACUUCCAGUCCAUGCAACUGCAGAAAAAUGGUUCCACACCUUCACAAACCAACUCCACCAUAUUCAACACGUUACUCAUAAAGUUCAUGGAGCCAAACUCCAUCAAGGUGAUGAUUGGCAUGCCAAUGAUUCCGUCAAACACUGGACUUAUACCCUAGACGGUAAGGUAGAAACAUGUCAUGAAACAAUUGAAUCUGUUGAUGAGCAGAAGAAAAGAAUUGCAUUCAAGAUCUUUGGUGAUGCUAUAGAUCAUAAAUAUAAAGUCUUUAACCUAACUUUUGAAGCCAUUGAGAAGGAUGAUGGAAGUGCUGCAAUUAAAUGGAGUGUUGAAUAUGAGAAGGUGAGUGAAGAUGUUCAUCCCCCAUAUGGGUACUUGGAAUACUACGAUCAUGUCACUAAAGAUGUUGAUGCUCAUCUUGUUGAGGCCGAGAAAAAUGCCAGAAAAUAAGAACUAAAAGAUGGAUGUGACAAAAGAUAAUGUUCAUGUAUGUACUACAACUCUUAAGUUUGGUGUAUGAAGUUUGAUAUGGGUGUUAUGUUAUAUAAGGUGUAGAAUAACUGUGAAGUUUGGUGUAUGAAGUUUGAUGUGGGUGUUAUAUAUGUUAAAUAUAUAAGGUGUUGAAUAAAAAGGAUAUAUUUGGUCUGUUGUUUUUUUCA